AUGGAAGAAGAAGAUAUGCAGCAACCAAUCGGGAGACCCUCUCUGUAUCCAUCUACACUCUUAAUGUCAGAGCCAGGUUCAGGUUCGGGUCCUGUCCCGGGUCCCAUGGUAUCCGCAACCUUGGGUCGGGUCAUGACCGCUCUCCUCAACGCUAAGCCAAAAAAACUCCAAGACUCCAUUUCCCGCCUCAACUCUCCUCCCAAAAUCGCCGCACCAGUUACUGCUUCAUUAGAAGAUUCGCUGUGGUUUCUUCACAAGUACGUAGGUGAUGCCGUGGAAAAAAAUGAGUCAUUGGACCAAGUUCUCAUUCCCAUGAUUGAACAUUCGUUGAGAGCAAGAGAGUUGAAACACGGAAACCAGGCUAUGGCACUUCUGAACUGGCUGUUUCAAGAUGACUUAUUAUUCCAAGAUACUGUAGGAAAUUUAGCAGGAAUUAUAUCAAGAAAGGAUGAUCGUUAUAUUGCCCUUGGGUGGUGUAUUCUUGGACGCAGCCUUAUAGAGUACGAGAAUACUGUGAAAAAUAUUGCGACUGAUGGAAUAAAGAAGAGGUAUAAUGCAAUGUUGAAGAUGUUUUGUUCAUGUGUUACCCAUCUUUUAUCAAUAACAUGCAAUGGAAGCAAUUUGCAGGAGGGAUUUGAGUUGCCAACUCGCCUUUCAGUUGCUGCUGCUGAUUUCAUAUUAUCUCUUACAGUAGCAUUGACCAGAAAGGACAUGGUGUCCAGUUCUUCAGAUAUCAGUAAAAAGUCAUCCGUCCUUAAUGCAAAAAAUAGACCUAUUGCUUUAUUAUCAGCUGAUACCAGUGAAAGAGAAGCAAAGACUUUGAGCAAAGCAUCUGAAUUGCAGAGCAGCUUGGAAAUGAAAUUGUUGCUUUGGGAUCAUCUGGAUCAACUCAUGACUCUUGUGCAGAGACUUACAGCUUGGGGCAGAAAAAGUCAGCCUUUGCACGCUCGAGGAGUAGAGAAAGUAUUUAAGUGGUUGCUGGAAACGAAAAAGCGUUACGAUUGUUUUCAAAAUAAAGCAGACUUCGAGAUGGUGAAGACUGGAGCAUUGCUUCUCUCUUCUUGUUGGAAACAUUAUGGUGUGCUUUUACACUUAGAAGAUUACAACUUUGCUCAUCAAUAUAGAGAACUUUUGGACCAAUAUUUGUCUGGGAUUCAGUUCUAUGCAGAUAAUCAUGCUGAAGAAUCUAGUUCGAAUAAGGACAGUGGAGUAGAGAUCAUAAAGUUUUUCCUAACUUGUCUUUCCCUUUUAUUGGGCCGUUUAGAUGACAAGAAAUUUGGAGCUGCAAUGACUGAUUUUGGAUCUCAGAUAUCUCAAGUUCUCAUAUCUCAGCUAAGCUGUGCCGACGAGGAAGUAAUCGAUGGUGCAAUUUGCAUAUUCAAAGCAGUCAUGUGUAGGACGAACCUGUCUAAAAGCAGUCUUGAUGACAAUAGACAAAUAGAAGCCAUUCUACCUUCACUCCUACAUCUUUUGGAUGAGAGAGAUGUGGCAGCGAAAGCAGUUGUUAAUCUCAUUGCAGAAUAUUGUUCCAUAUGCCCAGAUGGUUGGUGCCUGGAAGAAGUACUAAGGCGCAUUGAUUCUGAAAAUGAUGCACAAAGGAUGAAUGCUGUUGAUGUUGUUUCAGAUCUCAUUCACAUAUCAUCUGGGUCUGUUAAUGUGCUCUCACAAGAAAUGUGGCAAGAUAUUGCAAACCACUUGUUAGGAUGCCUCAGAAAUGAAAAUUGUGCUAUUCAAAAUCAGGCGUCCAAUUUGAUUCCCAUGAUUGACCCUGCAUUAGUAUUGUCCACACUAGUUGGUCUAUUUUACUCCACACAAGGAAAAGUGCAGCUAUCCGCGAGUAGUACUCUGAUGGCCUUGCUCAUUAAUCAUAGACAAAAACCUGAUGUUGUGUGCAAGCUGCUUGACUGUCUUAGCAAUCUCUGCCUGAACCCAGAUCCUGCAGUUUCUUCUUCUGGUAAUGAAGAAGGGUCAAAGGUUGAUGCUGAUAGGCUGCUGAAGCAGCUGCCAGAGUGGGCAAAAACUGUUGAAGAUUGGGAUGUAAUGGUUGGCCCCUUGAUAGACAAGAUGAUAUCUGAACCAUCAAAUGCUAUUACUGUGAAGUUUCUGAGUUAUAUAAGUGAAUAUUUGGCCGAAGCUUCAAAUGUGGUCUUUCAUCGACUUAUCUUGUAUACAAGAGGGGAGAAAAUAGUUGGUGAGAGCUUUUCCAAAUGGCAAGGCAAGGAAGAUGCAAUUAAUGACACCAUGAAAUGGGAACAUUCUCUCUUUAGUCACCUUUGCCCACUUCUCAUAAUCAGACUGCUCCCUCUAAGAGUUUUUGAUGACCUAAGUUCUCCCCUUGUUUAUGGUGAACGCCAAAGAAAAUGUGUGGUUGAUGAGAAAGGAUAUUUCAGCUUUGAGGGUACUGAAUGUGUUGUUGAGCUUCUGAUAAACAGGGCCUUGAGUAAGUCUGAAUUUGAAGAUGUUCGGAAACUCGCAGCUGAGCUAUGUGGGCGAAUUCAUCCCGAUGUUCUUAUUCCAAUGAUGUCCUCUCAAUUAGAAUAUGCUGCUAAUGCUAAGGAUGUAUUAAUGAUAAAAGCUUGUCUAUUUUCGGUUUGUACAUCUCUAAUGGUCAGAGGCAUUAAUGUGUAUAAGCAUCCUGAUUUGUUCAGAAUAAGAAAAACAAUUCAGAAUAUUCUAUCAUGGUCAUCAGUGGACGGAGAUGAAAUUUCCAAAGCACAACACGGGUGCAUUGAUUGUCUGGCCUUGAUGCUAUGUACUGAUUUGCAAGCUCCAAAGUCUCUAAGGGUCUCAAACUCGGAAGACACUUGCCAUGUUGGAAAUGGCAUCCACUCUGUUGGUGAUGCAGCUGUCGAAGAUUCUGUACUGACAUAUGUGAUCCAUCAAUUAACAAAUGAUGUGAAGGAUUUCUCCUCCAAGUCUGAUAAACACGAUUGCAUAUCUAAGGCAACAGUUCGCCUCUCUUUUCGCCUAUGCAUGGCUAACGUACUCAUAAGUGCCUGUCAAAAGAUAUCAGGGGCUGGAAAGAAACCCUUUGUUCGGAAAAUUCUUCCUCGUGUUAUUCAAUCUGCUAGGGAAAUGGUGGAGCCCGAGAUUAGGGUUGCAUGCAUCCAGAUUCUUUUCUCGGCAGUAUACCAUUUGCAGUCUUUGGUUUCUCCAUAUUCAUUCGAUCUCCUCAGCAUUGCUUUGAAAUCACUUAGAGAAGGAUCACACAAGGAAAAAAUGGCGGGUGCCAAGUUAUUGGCAUCUCUAAUGGCAAGUGAUGAAGAGAUUGUAGAAAGUAUAUCCGAGGGGCUACUCGAAGCAAGAACGUUGCUUCGAAAUUUUGGCAUGCACAAGUGUGAAAGCAUUAGUCGAGUAGUAGCUCGUUUCUUUGCUAUUAUUUUUGGGCAUGUCGCGUCAUCUCUGCACAACGUUUCGAUUUUAUCCGGUGUUCCAGAUAAGGACAAAAUAAAAUUGGAUUGCAUAGUUGUAGAGAUAUUUUCUUUGUUUUGUUGGGUAGUAGUUGAUCGAGAUAAAUCAGCUAAGCAAAAUGAAUUGAACAUGUUGCAGGGGAUGGGAAAUAAUGCUGCAUCUGUUCUUCGCCGUGAUAUCCGCAGCGGCGCCGCUGACUCUUUACGUGGCGCCGAUGAGGAACCUGAGCCAGUUCGUGGAGACGAUGGAGCUUCUGUUCCGUCCUACAAUUUCCUAUAUGCUCCUCCGACUUUUACCCCGCGUACGCAGCGCCAUCGGACACUUCCUAUCCCCCGAACUUCUGACCUUCGGAAGAAUGCCAUCCUUAAAGUCCAAAGUCCUUGCCAUCGUCGUCGGCAUGCUACAACUCGCCUGAGCCCCGCCAUGAGGAGAGAUGGAGGAAAUAGGUCGAGCCGGUGGACAAGCCCAAGCCACGAGGAGCGACCCAAGGGGUACUUGUUCAACCAGAUGUCAUUGUCGCCUGGCGAGUCUCGAAAGCAAGAGGAUUCGGAACUUCCCCACUACAUCACCAGUUUCUUCACAAUUGUUAUACUUGGCGUGGGCCUCAAUGCCAAGCCCGAUCUUACCAUCGAGUCAUGGAUGCAACAAGAAGCCCUUGAACUGUUCAAGUGUUAA